AGAAAUGAAGAAAACAUCCGGGCCAGUCAAGUUCAUCCUCACGUUAAAAAAGGACAAACCGAGUUCCACGUAGUUGGGGGCCCACAAAUGUCCUCCAGAGAAGAAGAGCAAAACAUUUCGGACCCUCCGGCGUUAUGGGGCUCGACCCCACCUGUCGCAUUUGUGGACGUUGGACCCGAUGCCGAGUGGCACUGUGGCUUAGUUGGUUGAAGCGCCUGUCUAGUAAACAGGAGAUCCUGGGUUCGACUCCCGGCAGUGCCUUUUUUUUUUUUUUUGGGUUAUAAUUACAAAGUGAGCGCCGACUCGUGCGUGUCUGCAGUCACGCAGCACGGCAGCGUCCACGAUGCGCGACGUCGCCGCCCUGCGGACGCCGAGAUGACCGUCUCGCUGGUCUCCGGGAACUUCUCGGCUGAGAGACCGUCACGCCCACAUUCUUGUUUAUGGACAUAAUUUAAUCGAGCUAAUACAAUACGUAGGAUGCCAUAGUGAUUUAGGAUCAUUCUGUUUUGCAAUUCACGUUUAUCUGUGGUACUUUGCAGUUAUUGUAGCGAAGAUUUGGAUUUGAUGAGAAAGGUGGCUGCAGGGAGGGAAAAGCAGGCGUCUUGUCGUACUUCUUCAAAGUUCCACCAGAGGGAGACAGAAGGCAUUUUAAACCGUCACACCAACUGGUUGGCAGCUAAUCCGUAGCGCACGCAGAGGCAGACGACACUAAAUGCAUGCAAAAAUUGUAGUCAUGCAAAAAAUGGUUUACCGCUUUUAGUUUCCUGAAGGUUCUUCAGCUUCUGUCACUGCCCCCUAGAGGCUUGGCAAGUGUCUGACACCCUCCCCCUCGUGCGGCCACCAGAUGAUGGCGCCGGGGGGUCUGGAGGCUGCGGGAGCGGCGGUGGCGCCACGCGGCCACCUUCGUCCGCUUCCUCGUCUGAUGUUUGGCUUGUCCUUUCUUUCCGUUUCUCCACCUUCGCCAAGCUAGUCCAGGUGGUGGUGGUGGUGGUGGUGACGAUGAUGACGACGACGAUGACAACAACGACGAGUGCGACCGCUGCAUCCUAAUCCGGAGUGCAAAGUGCACCGCCGGCGCUGUCGGGGAUUAUCCGGCAAACGACUUCCGCCGAUCUCUGCUCUGACCCGUCACGUGAUGAUGAUGUCAUCAUCUUUCACUUUGCCGUGUGUGCGUGCGUGCGAGCUCGGGGGCGGGGGGGAUGCUUUUUUUUUUUUUUCUAUUUUUUCGCAAAAAGGCGGGCCGACUUUAGCGGCUUAAGAGCGCCGCCGACGGCGAGCGGCGGCCACUCGGCGUCGGCGGCGCUUACGUGCGAAAGCCGAGCGAAUCGGGCGGGAAUUGAGCGCGAAUCGAGUGCGCCAUGUGCACGCUGCCCGCCGAGGGCGUGUCCUUUUGCCUCUCCGCGGCGGCCAGGAGCCUCCUCAACAAGAAGGCCGACGUCAAGGAAUCAUCGGACAGCAGCAACGCAGCAAUCGAGGACGACGACGUGAAAGCUCGCAAGCAGGAGAUGGUCAAGAUCACCGAGCAGCUGAUCCAAGCCGUCAACAACGGCGACUUUGAGGGCUACGCGAAGCUCUGCGACCCCGGCCUGACGUCGUUCGAGCCCGAGGGCCUCGGCAACCUGGUGGAGGGGAUGGACUUCCAGCGCUUCUACUUUGACAACCCGCUGUCGAAGAACGUCAAGCCGGUCCACGCCACCAUCCUCAACCCGCGCGUCCACCUGCUGGGCGAGGACGCCGCCUGCGUGGCCUACGUCCGCCUGACGCAGUUCGUGGACGCCGCCGGUCGCCCUCGCUCCAGCCAGUCGGAGGAGACCAGGGUGUGGCGCCGUCGCGACGGACGCUGGCACAACGUCCACUUCCACUGCUCCGGAGCGCACGCCGCGCCGCCGCGCUCGUGAGGCUCUAUCGGCUCGGUUUGCGUGACUGUUCGGCGGCUUGUUUGGAAAACAACACCAAACUCUUUUGGGUUCAAUUAAAAAGAGGGCGUGGCUUGUUGUGGGUUCGGACUUCACGCAGCGCCACCUGCUGUUGCAACCUGACAAUGUGUCCUUUGCACGUUUGUUCUCCUCAGCGCGGACCGCCCCUCGACUUCUUCUUUUAGGGGCUGCCCUCGUCCCACUUCGCCAACGCCGCUGGCCUGCGGUGCCCCCCCUUGGGCCUCGUUGAUGUUUCCGCCUCUUGGUGGCCCGCUUGUUCCUUUACCCAUCGGACAGACGUACUGUAUUGAAACGUACACUUCAGACGGUAUUAUUUUCUUGGAACCUUCUCUCGGGACCAGUACCUUCCUCCAGGCCUAGAACCUUCUCUCGGGGCUAAAACCUUCACUUGUAUGUCGGCAUUUCUUUAGUUCCUUCUGGAGUUCUGAACACGUGCAGAGUAAACGUUUACAGUUGCGUGAUUAAAAGUGACAUCGUAGGUCCGAGUCGGCCCACUGGCCCGCACUAGUCCGGUUGGGUUAGUCCCGUCCAAUGUACAGGAUAUGCACAACUUUUCGUACUUCCUGGGACCGGCUUGUCCGCCGCUCGCUCCCGCACGGCUGCUGUGCGACGCCAUCGCUCUCUCCGCACGUUGCGUGACGUCGUCAUGACGACAGCACUUGGCGAGCGUGUGCGAGAGGAGAGUUCCAGGUGCAUGAAGUGGUUUUUGGACCAAACGGUGUUUUUGCUGCUUGCUGGACUUUGUC